AUGAGUGAGAGCGGGGGAGCACCACCGGCGGACGGCGGUGGAGUUGUGUCGUCCGACCAGGAAAUAGCGGAGGCGCUGGGUUCUCUCCUCCGCGAUUGCACAAGCAACAACUCUUUCGCCUCCCUGAACGAUGUCGUUCGACAGCUCGAGUCGAAGAUAGGUUUCGAUUUAAGCCACAAAAUAGACUUCAUUCGUAACCAGAUCCACAGUUUCAUCCUCCUCCAAACCCAGGCCCCCAAUAUCCUCUCCCACCAGAAUCAGCAAAAGGACCAUUUCGCCCUUCAACACACCCCUAAUUUCCACCCCAGUCCUUCCGUCCAACCAAAUAUCGUGGUCCAUCCCCCGGAGAAUUACGGGUACCGCCCGGCUACCCAUCAGCCUCCCCCGUCUCAGCAGCAUCAUCAACCAUCACCACCACCCCCGCAUGCGGUGGUGAAGACGAGUAAUGUGGUCGCUGCUAGUGUAGCUACCAGUGGAAACCCCAAAGAGAGUGCUCCAACUGGAAGAAAAAGAAGAGGUGGCCCUGGAGGACUAAACAAACUAUGUGGUGUUUCUCCUGAACUACAAACCAUCGUAGGGCAACCGACUCUGCCAAGGACUGAGAUCGUGAAGCAGUUGUGGGCUUACAUAAGGAAAAACAACCUCCAAGAUCCAAAUAACAAAAGGAAGAUUAUUUGCAACGAGGAGCUCCGAUUGGUUUUCGAAACUGAUUGCACUGACAUGUUCAAGAUGAAUAAAUUGCUUGCUAAACAUAUAAUCCCUCUUGAGCCUACAAAGCAGACUGUUCAAAAUUCUAAGAAACCUAAAGUCGAUGUCGAAUCUGGGAGCCAAAAUGAUGACCCCGUCCCAAUUGUGAUAAUAUCUGAAGCCCUUGCGAAUUUCUUUGGAAGCGACGAACGAGAAAUGUCACAAGCAGAGGUAUUAAGGCAGAUCUGGGAAUACAUAAAGGUCCACCAGCUCGAGGAUCCUCUAAACACAAUGACCAUUAUAUGUGAUGCUAAAUUACAAGAGCUUCUUGGGUGUGAAAGCACUUCAGCAUUGCGGAUACCUGAGAUGUUGGCACACCGUCAUUUGUUCAAGAAAUCAUGA